AUGAAGAAGACAUUCGUCGGUCGAUCUGAACGGAUGAGGACAGAUGAAACUCGUACUGCAGCCGUUUGGCUUUUAGACGAUAUUCAUGUUGACGCAGUCCACCCGAAAGGAGGGAGGAAAUCUUAUGGACUGCGUCAACAUGAAUAUCGUCUAAAAGCCAAACGGCUGCAGUACAACGAGAUUCAUCAGUCCUCAUCUGGUCAGAUCGACCGACGAAUCUCUUCUUCAUGCACUUUGAUUCGAAGCAAAGGUCCCCCUAACAACAAAUAA